AUGUCAAGCGAUCUAGAGAAACACCCGGAACAGAUCCAGAACUCUGUCGAAGAGCACGCCCGUCGGGACCAUAUUGAUGCAGCACUUCAGUUGAUACAGAACCAUGGUUCGCAACCCGAAAGACUGGAUCCAGAGAGGAACAAAAGGCUUCUGCGGCGCAUAGAUCUUCAUAUCAUGCCCAUGAUCUGCAUAGUUUAUUGUAAGUUUGUUCUGGCUCGGCGGUACAAGCAGGUAGCUGAUCAGUUCGUCUCCANNGUCUUGCAAUAUCUCGACAAGAUAGCCAUCUCAUAUGCUAGUGUCACUGGGAUCAAGACUUCGGCCAACCUGCACGGCACCCAAUUCAACUGGAUCGCAAGCAUCUUCUUCUUCGGUCAACUCGCCUUUGAGUUCCCUACUAUCCGCCUGCUCCAACUCUUUCCUCUUGCCAAAUAUGUCGCCGUCAACGUGAUACUUUGGGGCGGCGUCUUGGCCAGUCUCGCUGCAUGCAAGUCCUUCGCCAGUCUCAUGGUCUGCCGUGCCUUACUUGGAGUCGCCGAAGCUGCCAUCGUUCCUGCUUGGGUCGUCUUCACCAGUCAGUAUUAUCGAAAGGAAGAGCAAGCCUUUCGUGUUGGCAUCUGGUUCUCCAUGUGCGGGUUCGCUCAAAUGCUAGGCGGCUNNUUUUUCUCUUAUGGUGUUGCCCACCACGUUGGAGGUGAUGUUCAUGCCGCUCUCAAAGGCUGGCAAAUCAUCUUCCUCUUCCUCGGUCUGCUCACCUCCGUCGUUGGUAUUGUCUUCUGGUUUGUGUUGCCUGACUCUCCCCUGACAGCCAACUUCCUUUCCACAGAGGAGAAGGCUUUGCAUGCAGAGCGCAUGCGUGAAAACGAGCAAGGCAUUGGCAAUCGUAUUUUCAAGUGGAACCAGUUUUGGGAGGCUCUUCGAGACAUCAACACCUGGCUAUAUGCUUUCUGGAUCUUCGCUGCUAAUAUUCCCAAUUCGACCGCCACUAGUUUUGGUAACAUUUUGGUCACUGGAAUGGGCUACACAAAGAAAGAGAGCUUGCUGCUCGUAACUCCACUCGGUGCUUACGAGGUUGUUGUUCUGAUCGGUCUCACUUAUCUGGCUGGCAGAACGAACCAGAGACUUUGGUGCUGUAUCGCAGGCCACAUACCCUCGAUCAUUGGCGCUAUCCUCAUGGCCACCACGAACAAGGUGCCUGCACUCAUAGGAUUCUACCUUACCGGGGGCAUUCCGAUAGGGUGGACAACGAUUCUUGCACUGCAAAGCACUAACGUUGCCGGAUCAACGAAGAAGAUAACCGUGACCAGUAUUGGUGUCAUCGCUUAUACUGUGGGUAACAUCAUCUCACCGCAGACUUUCCAGACUAAGGAUGCACCAAGAUAUCUGCCUGCCAAGAUCAGUAUCUGCAUUCUCUAUUUCCUGAUUACGGUCGAUCUGUAUCUGGUUCGAUGGUUUGCUGUAAGAGAAAACAGACGCAGAGACCAAGAACGACAAGAGCUGGGAGACAAGUACAUCGUGGAAGAGAACCACGAAUUCUUGGAUCUUACCGAUCGCGAGAACAAGGAGUUCAGAUAUGCUGUAUGA